UCUAAAUCCGCUUGAAUCGAAAGAUCUACAGACAUUGUAGUUUUCUUGGAUAACGAAGCAACGCAUUGCCGCGUCGUGUGCGUAAUAUUCAUAAAUGUUGCUCGAAUGUUUGAGGUCAUUUUUUUUUACUUUUUUUACGUACGAACGGGUCAAGAUGGCAGCGAUAAUCGCGUAGACGCAAGGCAUCCUGUUUCUUGAGCAGACAGGAAAAUUGUACACUACGCUACUCUUUGCGUUUUCGACCGUACAAGUCACGCAUGGUAAUGCGUGUUUAUUGAAUUUCGAGAAGUUGGGAAUUUACACAAGUUAGAAUGACUGAGGAAACACAACAAUCCGAGGUUGCUGCGGAAAAUGACGUUGGUGCUGUACAGAAUGAUACGCAGACGAAUUUAUCGGAUGUCGGAAAAGUCCGAGACAACAAAAAAGAAAAAUGUCGUCCCAUGACGAAGGUGGUAAUUAGACGACUGCCUCCAACAAUGACACAGGAACAAUUUUUAGAACAGAUCUCUCCACUUCCGGAACAUGAUUACUUUUACUUUGUGAAAGCUGACAUGUCUCUUGGUCAAUUUGCAUUUUCCCGUGCUUACAUCAAUUUCACAGACCAACAAGACAUAUUUGUGUUUCGAGAAAAAUUCGACAAUUAUGUCUUCAUAGAUGCCAAAGGUGUGGAAUAUCCUGCAGUAGUUGAAUUUGCACCCUUCCAAAGAUUAGCGAGGAAACGACAUGGCAGGAAGAAGGAUCUCAAGUGCGGCACUAUCGAGAGCGAUUCGUACUACAUAAGUUUUCUAGAGAGCUUAAAGAACCAGGAAAUCGACUCGAAUGUAGCACAAUCAAAGACCGAAUAUUCUUACCAACCACCAGAUAAUACAACAAAGAAAGUUACAACAACUCCACUACUCGAAUAUCUGAAGCAGCGCAAGCAAGAGAAGCAGCGUCUCAGAGAUGAAAAGCGCGAAGAAAGGCGCAGGAGAGAUCUGGAGAGACGGAGAACGAAAGAUGACCCUAUUAUUUCUAAGCAAACAUACAACACAGAAGUCAAUAGGUCAUCCAAGUUCAUGGUAUUACGCUCCGCGAAAAUUCAAUUAGAAGAGUUGUUGCUUCCAAAGUUUGUCGAAAAUGCAAGUAUACACGAGUAUCAAGGAGAGAUAUUCUUCCAUAGAUAUGCGGAACAAGAGUGGCACAAGAGCCAUCAGAGUUUUUACGAACGCGUUAAAAAGCCGAUUCAAAAUGUGAACAAUAUCAAGAAUCAAUAUUCGAGUGAUGAUAAAUGGGUUAACGGCAAAAAUUAUUUGUAUCGGCACAAAAACGAUCAUGUUCUAAAGAAUCCGGACCUGGACAGAGAGUCCAGUAAAGACGACAAAGAAAACAAGGACGAGAGGGACAAGCUUUCGCCGAAGGACUUGAAGAACCGAACCAAAAGAGACGACAAGGUGCGGGAAAAGUCGUCGCGAGAUCGAGAGACCAAGCCCAUCCUCAAGGGUUACAGGGACGAGAGGAACAAAGAUCGCGACCUCAAGCAAAGACGAUACGACGAGAAGAAGCUGUACGGGCGACGUGACGACAGGGAGGGCGUGAAGGAGGACAAAAGGAUCGACCUGAGGGACGAGCGGAAGUACGAGGCGAAGGAGGACAGAAAGGUGGAGGAGAAACGCGGCAAGAGUUACGAGAAGAUGAGGCAGGAGAAGAAGAAGUUGGCGGAAACGAAGAAACAGAUGGCUGACGCCAACGUGAGCGAAGCCAGUCCGAAAAAGACGAGGGAGGAACACGAUAGUGUGCAGGAGGUUGAGGACGUUACCGGCGGUAACGUCCGGGAAUCCGCGCGCGACGACGAGGAUUCCAAGCAUGCCCGAGACAACGAACGUGUGCAGCGUAACGCCACCGAGGAUAGAGUGACGGGCGAAGACGCGCCGGAAGAUCGUCGGGAUAUCGCGGAGCGAGGAAACAGUGUCGACAACGCAGAUGCGAACGAGGACGACGGAUCCGAGUCGAAGAUGGAGUCGAAGGUUGUGAAGAGACGGAGCUCGCUCGAAAGCGGCGGCGAAGGCGGCACCGGAGACGGUAACUGCUUAAGACGUCAUAAAUCGUUAGACGGAGGUGGCCAAAGCAAUCUGCAGAAGAACGAGAGCGAAGAGAAAGAAAAGGAUAAGAAGGAUCCGCGAUUAGAGCGUAGGAUAAGGAAUAAGGACCGUCCGGCGAUGGAGAUCUACCGACCCGGCAUGGGCAAGUUCAGCAAACAGAGGCUGGAGCGUGAGAAGUCCAACAACGACGAACGAGCGUCCCUCUCGCAGAGUCCUACGCCGAAUCCUGGAGCGUCCACGAGCGGGAAAUCCGGAAAGUCCGCGACAGAAGUGCGCUCGAUGACCUUCAAACGCAGCGUCAGCCGAGACGUGGCGUAACAAAUCUGGUCGCGCACACCUCUCCCAACACAGACGUGUUGCACUGCCGAGAGGUCCGUUUCGAACGGGGCUAGAACCUCGGUCGAGCGUUCCAGCGACUUCAUGUCUCGCUGUUCGUCGGAUGGUUUUCUUCGUCCUCGGUGUUUUUGGACUUCAUUGGACUUCAAAACGUUGGUUUGAACGCUUCUUCUGAAGACAAAUCGGGUACGCGGCAAAUCUCUUCAAUCCGAGAACUGGGAACUUUGCAGAAACAUGAUGAAGAAUUUUAUGCCGCUGAAUUAGUAGAGUGCACAAUUUCGGAAUUUAAAAAGAAAUACAGCUAUAUAUAAUUGAGACUUAUUGGAGAAAAGAGUCGCAAAGCAGUGCGGCAGCAGAAGGUAAACUUAAGUUCACUCAUCGAACAUCUACCGUGUUUCCGAUUUGUAUUCGACAGAAGUGCUCAAACCGUUUAAAAGACACGUCGCGCCAUUUCCGCGUCGCGUGCUCAAAAACAUACUCUACCACACACACACACACACACACUUGACGCGCACACUCCCGAUCAUACUCCAUUUACCGUUUCUCGCGUCUCGCAUUCUUUCUUGCUC